AAUUUAGGGACACCGUACAUACACGGAACCUUCGUAUUUACCGGAACUAAACUUGUUGGAAGGCUAGGAAAAGUCUCUUUUUCCACGUCUGUAAAGUGUAAUAUAUAUUAUUAUUACCAGGAUUGAUACCCAUGGCAACUGUUUCAUUGAACUGAAAUAUCUGGAUAUAUAGUAGUUGCUCCACUAUGGUGGACGAGGAGGGAGUCCAGUGGUUGGAGGAGCUCCUGGAGGAGACACAGCUCCAGAGGUUCCUUACCAAGAUCCAUGACGAUCUCCAGGUGUCACGCCUGGAUCACUUCCAUUAUGUGAGGACGGAGGACCUGGAGAAUAUCGGGAUGGGGAGACCGGCAGCUAGGAGGCUCCUGGAGGCUGUGAAGAGGAGAAGGAGGAGAUCCCAAAGCAUUCUGGGAAGGAUGCUGAAUUUAAGCAAAUCAGACGGCACGACAAGCCGUUCGCGAUCUACCAAUGCAGGUCAGUCAGCAACCCAACCGCCACUUCAAAGCACCAUGCCGGGAGCACGGCAAAACAUGGAAUCUCUAACGUGUCUUAUUAGCGAGUCUGAACUAACCCUUCAUGAGAAGCUGGGCAAUGGAUCAUUUGGGGUGGUACGAAGAGGGGACUGGAAGACUCCCAGAGGCAAGAAAGUUGAGGUCGCGGUGAAAUGCUUACGGAGCGAGAUGGUCAACCAACCAGGAUUCUUUGAAGAUUUUGUCAAAGAAGUGAACACCAUGCACCUCCUGGAUCACCCUCAUCUCGUCCGUCUCUACGGGGUUGUCCUCUCCACCCCUCUCAAAAUGGUGACAGAGUUAGCCCCACUUGGUGCGUUGGUAGACAGAUUACGUGAGGAGCCUUCUAAAUUCCUCAUCACCACCCUCAGCGACUUUGCGUUACAAAUCGCAUCCGGGAUGAGUUUCUUGGAGUACAAGAGGUUCAUACACAGAGAUCUAGCAGCUAGGAAUAUACUAUUAGCUUCUAUGCAAAAGGUAAAGAUAGGUGACUUUGGACUUAUGAGGGCGCUCCCAUCAGCGACCAACUAUUACAUCAUGACAGAACACAACCAAGUACCUUAUGCAUGGUGUGCACCGGAAAGUUUAAAAACGAAGCAGUUCUCCCACGCGAGUGAUAUGUGGAUGUUUGGUGUUACGUUAUGGGAGAUGUUCAGCUUUGGGGAAGAGCCCUGGCUUGGAUACAAUGGUGCUCAGAUUCUUCAGAAGAUCGGUAAGGAUGGUGAGCGGUUACCUCGUCCAGACCACUGCCCACCGGGCAUCUACCGACUGAUGGAAGCAUGCUGGCAAGCUAGUCCAGAAGACAGGCCCAUGUUCUCAUCGGUUAAAGAUCAACUUGCCAAGAUGAAGCCUUUAGAAAUGAGGGUAACCCAGGAUCUUCAGCUUGAUGAACCGGAUAAGUUAGAAUGCGAAGAAGGACAGAUCAUCACUAUCAUAGAUGGCAAACCAGAGGAGAAUUGGUGGCUCGGCCAGAACAUCCACACCCACAAGAUCGGGCGUAUCCCUCGCAAGCUCCUGGCCCCCCUGUCUGGCGGGAUCACCGGUGACGACAUCAGCAAGCCAAUCAAAUACAGCUUCAUACACACCGGCCAUGGAGGAGUGGACGGCAGCACGUGGGGACACCCGCACAAGAUUGACGAGACAUACUUGAUGCCUAUGACAUCGCUUGAUGAAUGGGAUAACGAGGAUGAUGUCUCAAAUUCCAGACCGGCAUUGAUGCUAUCCGAUCGAUUGAAACGUAACAGCAAAGAAAAUCAACAGAAGAAAGACGUGGAAAACUCAUCUCGUUCAUCAUCACUGAAGCGACAACUACGUGGUAAAUCAGCCAACCGGAACUCCGCUUCCUUGGAAAGCGAGGACGAGGACACGCAUAUCAAGACGGGAGGUUCGGUCUUCUACGUGCAAGGAACGUCACGGCACACUGAAAGGGAGACGGGACAGUCUCAAACUGGUAUUUUGAUUGACUUUGCUGAGAACUCCUUUGCCAGUACGGACAGCAGCAUUGAUUCAGGAUCGUCUUUUGACUCGCCAUUUGUACUUGACAGGACAUUGAGUCCAGAAGUGUCUUCGAAGGCACCAUCGUUACCGAGACUCAACGGAGGUUUGCCUCUGUAUGAUGAUGUUCCGAAUGAAGCGGGUGAUGCAAACACUGUCAAAAGCACAAAACCAAAUGUGGACUUGUCCGGAAAGGGUCAACCCUUGGCUCACUCGUAUUAUGGUAAUCAGCAGACCAUAGCAGAUGCGGCUGCGGCGGAAGAGAAAACAAAGACAACACCUAGUGUAGAUUCAGCAAUGUAUGCAUCUGUGAAUAAAGUGAAGCCACCAGGGUCAGAUUCCACAAAGACUAAAAGCAGAGCCAAUCCAUUUGCAUCCAAAAACAAGCCACCAUCUAAUGGCCCAGCUGUGAAUACUGUAACCUCUAAUAAUCAUGUUAGCAGUAAUAUAGAAAGUGCUAAAGUGCCACAGGCAACAAGAUUUUAUGACGAUGUGCCAAACGAAUCAAAUCUUUCCAGCGACACGUUACCAAAGAACACGUCUGCUAAAGGGGGUUGGGUUAAUUUUUACGAUGAUGUACCGACAGAGAGUGAUCUAGCAGAGUUAGAAUCAAAUACAGGACCCUUGCCAUUGAGAACGUAUGAUGAAGUACCCGUAGAGGAGCCUCUGAAGCCAAAAACUGUACCUGGGAAUGUUCAGAAUAUUUCUGCAAGACUUGCAGAACCUGCUGCACCUGCUCAGGUUCGACCCCAAAACAGCAUGCCUCAGGUUGUGCCAAGUGUAACAUCAAGAAUGUACAGUGAAGUUCCUGUGGAGGACACUCCUCCGUCAAAACCUGUACCCACAAACUCGCAUGCAUUUUCCAGUAAAUAUGCUCCAUUUUCUGCACCUGCACCAACCCUUCAACCACAAAAGAGUGUACCUAUUGCCACCUCAGGUAACACCUCUAGCUUCUUAACCCGCCCUAUGGAGCCAAAGAAGACACCCUUGUCAUCGUCACCUAGCUUAGAUUGCUUUGAUCCUCUAAAACAGGUGUCUGUCACAGUUGAGCAAAAGCCUGAGAAAGUGUCUUCUCAGAAAUUGGAUACCACAGCCUCUGCUCGCAGAAACCAACCAGGGAUUAUGAUCCCACCUCCUCGAUCAAAGAAAGCCACCAGUAGACGAACUAAUAACUUGGCAAAUCAAGACAAUAUGUCUAGUAGCGCUGCAAAGGAAAUUGCUAAGAAAGUAGAUGGCAGCAGUGCAGACAAAUACGCUGCCAUUCAGAGUACAUCAUCAGUCAAUCAGACCCACUACUCGGUGCAUGAUAGGGCAAAACUACUCGAAAACAAGCCUCACAUAGCACCAAAACCAGGAAUGAAGGGUGAUUCACAGGAUGACAACUUUUUGACAAUGUGCUUUCCCCGUAAAACACCAGGAUCUGAGAGUGAAGGCUCUCAGUAUUCACUUGCGACUUCUUCCAAUGACAUUCCCUUUGGCUUAGGAAAAAGAGCGCACAAUGCACAAGAUGGGACCCGAAAAGUGGUGCCACCUCUACCUCCUCGUAAAGCACUUGGAGAAGAAGUGCCACCAGCUGUUGAAUCCCACCAACCAAGUCAAUCUCCAGGAGGAUCAGUAAUUCUGCCCAUCAUGAAAGAUGGUGUCCAGGUCAGUCAUACCCAUUACUAUCUGUUACCUGCAGUAGCGUCCUCAACAGAACCUCUCAAUGUAUCGGCAAAGUCUUUGACGAGUGCACCUAUGACAGGCAGCAGGACAGAACCACUUGGGAACUUGUCUUAUAUGAAACCACAGGGUAAACACCCUACACAAGUCACAAACCCAGAUUACUUCAUCAAGGGAGCGAAUCCUGGUGGACAUCGUGGUGUGCAGGAUGGGAGCUACUUCAGUAAAAGUGGUCCAGGAGCUGGUGCCAAGAACAAGGAUCUUCUUCAAACCUUUGAUCUCUCAAACUUGAAACCUAUCCUACCACAGGAUACCACCUCCACUUCCAAACCUUCACAUAUGACGAUGCCUUCGACAAUGCCAUCGUAUUAUCGGUCGACUCCAUCAAGUUCGGCUUCGUCAUCACCAUCCCACCAAGCUGCAUCCGCAACUCAUGGUUAUUGUAUCCAUGGCAACAAGUUAGGCAGCAACCGACCUGUCUCCGACCUGGACCUCAUGGCUUCUGAGACACCCAGUUCAGCGGCUGAGAAGGUCAAGCAGGUCCAGAAAGAGGUCCAUGGGGUGACUUCUGAUGAGUGCAGGAAUGCCCUGAUAGGUGUCCAAUGGGACGUCACCAAGGCAAUCCGAGAUCUCAAGACAGAACAACUGUUCCAGCUUGGCAGUGCUUCCAAAGAACAUUGUGAGAACUUGUUGAAAUCGCUUGAGUGGAACCUUGAACUGGCCAGCUCUAUUCUCUUAGAGCAGUCUGCACGGUGAACUGAGAAUCCUUUAAGCAAAUGAGUCUAAUGUAAAUUCUAUAAAACUGUUCAAAAUUGAUAUUUUUACAACUCUUAAUGAAUAUUCAGUUAAUCUUUUGUUUAAUUUCACCAAUCGAUAUAACAAUGUGUAAUUGAUGACAUGUGAGGCAUGCUAGAAAGAGAAAAUUUCUAAACUUUAUAUUCCAAAGAAAUGCUUUCUGGUUACCUUACUGAUUCUUUUUCAAUAAGAUAAAAUCAUUUUAAUGUCUUUCAGUGGGAUGAAUAAUGUGAUUAUUCCCGUUAAUGAUACAUUGGAUUGUUAAGAGGCUGAAUACAAUUAGUCGAGAGUGAAUCAUUUGGGGUGCAGUCUAAAAUCCUGUUUUUACUCUGAAUUCAAAUAUCAAUUUAAUGGACUAUGCCACUCUCCACGCAGUUACCAUGAAUUCUGCUGCUGUUUUGAUGAGGAAAUCAGAAAAGGCCAGAAAAUAAUUCAGUAGCCCCUUGGAAUGAAAGCUUUUUAUGGAAUGUUUCUUAUUCUUUUCUGGAAAGUUAUUUUGAUUACACACAAAAUCAAGUGGAGUGGCCAGUAUUUGAAAAAUAACCUCAUAUUUAUCUCUUAAUAUACGUCUUUAAGGAAUGGUAUUCUACCCAAAUGUGCUACAGGUAUUUUGUUUAUUUGUUUUUUUACAAGAUAUUGGACCAAUAGUGUUUGUUGGAGCUUUAUUUGAUAUCGAUAAUGAUAUCUCUAUUCCUUUUCAAAACGUAUACAUGCUUGUUA